AUGGUUCCGUGUAGGUUUAAGGCAAAGGUGCCUGGGACCUGCUUACUCACCAUUCGUGUCCUGCAGGCUCAUGGCCUGCCCUCCAAGGACAUCGUGACCGCCUCUGACUGCUACGUGACCCUGUGGCUGCCCACGGCCUCCAGCCACCAGCUGCAAACGCGCACAGUCAAGAACUGCAGAAACCCCGUCUGGAAUCAAAGCUUCCACUUCCGAAUCCAUAGCCAGAUCAAGAACAUCGUGUAUCUUAGAGUCUUUGACCAGGACCUUCUGACCACGGAUGACCCUGUGUUGUCAGUGCUGUUUGACGUGGGGACCUUGCGGGCUGGGGAGUCCCGGCGCGAGAGCUUCUCGCUGAGCCCUCAGGGUGAAGAGCGCCUGGAAGUUGAAUUUCGGCUGCAGAAUCUGACUGAUGGUGCUGAGUGCCUCUUCAGCAAUGGCAUCCUAGUGGCCCGGGAGCUCUCCUGCUUGCAUGUUCGACUGGAGAAGGCAGGGGACCUGCAGGAGUCAGAGGGCAGAGUUCAGCUUGUGGUUCACGGGUCCUGUGAGGGUCCACAGGAGGCCUCCGUGGGCGCCGGCUCCUUCCGCUUCCAUUGGCCGGCCUGCUGGGAGCAGGAGCUGAGUAUUCACCUGCAGGAUGCCCCCCAGGAGCAGCUGAAGGUGCCCCUGAGGGCCCUGCCUUCUGGCCAAGUGGUGCGACUUGUCUUCCCUACAUCCCAGGAGCCCCUGAUGAAAGUGGAGCUGAAAAAUGAAGAAGGACCCAGGGAACUGGCUGUGCGGCUGGGCUGCGGGCCCUGUGCUGAGGAGCAGGCCUUCCUGAGCAGGAGGAAGCAGGUGGUGGCCAAGGCCCUGCAGCAGGCCCUGCAGCUGGACGGAGACCUGCGGGAAGAUGAGAUCCCAGUGGUUGCUGUUAUGGCCACCGGUGGUGGUAUCCGGGCCAUGACCUCACUGUAUGGCCAGCUGGCUGGCCUAAAGGCGCUCGGCCUCUUGGAUUGUGUCUCCUACAUCACGGGGGCCUCGGGCUCCACAUGGGCUUUGGCCAACCUCUACGAGGAUCCAGAGUGGUCUCAGAAGGACCUGGCAGGGCCCAUCGAGUCACUGAAGACCCAGGUGACCAAGAACAAGCUGGGCGUGCUAGCCCCCGGGAAGCUACUGCGGUACCAGCAGGAGCUGGCUGAGCGCGCCCGCCUGGGCCACCCGACCUGCUUCACCAACCUGUGGGCCCUCAUCAAUGAGGCGCUGCUACAUGAUGAGCCUCAUGACCACAAGCUCUCAGACCAGCGGGAGGCCCUGAGUCGAGGCCAGAACCCCAUGCCCAUCUACUGUGCUCUCAACACCAAGGAGCAGAAUCUGACCACCUUUGAAUUUGGGGAGUGGUGUGAGUUCUCCCCCUAUGAGGUCGGCUUUCCCAAGUACGGCGCCUUCAUCCCCCCUGAGCUCUUUGGCUCUGAGUUCUUCAUGGGGCGCCUGACAAAACAGCUUCCUGAGUCCCGCAUCUGUUUCCUGGAAGGUAUCUGGAGCAACCUGUAUGCAGCCAACCUCCAGGACAGCCUGUAUUGGUCAUCCGAGCCCAGCCAGUUCUGGGACCGCUGGGCACAAGCUCAGGCCAGCCUGGACAAGGAGCAGGUCCCCCUUCUGAAGAUACAAGAGCCUCCCACGGUGGCUGGCAGGAUAGCAGAGGUUUUCACUGACCUUUUGAUGCGGCGUCCACUUGCCCAGGCCACCCACAAUUUCCUACGUGGCUUCUCCUUCCACAAGGACUAUUUUCAGCAUCCUCACUUUGUUGCCUGGAAAGCUACCAAACUGGACGGCCUCCCCAACGAGCUGACACCUGCAGAGCCCUACCUUUGCUUGCUGGAUGUUGGCUACCUUGUCAAUACCAGCUGCCCACCCCUCCUGCCGCCCACACGGGACGUGGACCUCAUCCUGUCGCUAGAUUACAAUCUCCAUGGAGCCUUCCAGCAGCUGCAGCUUCUGGGUCGGUUCUGCCAGGAGCAGGGCAUCCCGUUCCCGCCCAUCUCGCCCAGCCCUGAGGAGCAGCGCCAGCCCCAAGAGUGCCACCUCUUCUCGGACCCCACCCGCCCCGACAUCCCUGCCGUGCUGCACUUCCCUCUGGUUAACGCCUCCUUCAGGGACCACUCUGCCCCCGGGGUCCGGCGGACAGCUGAGGAGCAGGCAGCUGGGGAGGUGAACUUAUCUGCAUCAGACUCCCCCUACCACUACUCGAAGGUAACCUACAGCCUGGAAGAUGUGGACAAGCUGCUCCGCCUGACGCAGUACAACAUUUGCAACAACCAGGAGCGGCUGCUGGAGGCCCUGCGUGAGGCUGUGCAGAGGCGGAGGCAGCGCACACAGCGCCGGCCCGAGUGA